CCUUUUACUCCCUCUUCUCCUCCUCCUUCUGCCCCUCUUCCCCUUUCCUCCAGCCCCCGUUGUCUCCCUGUGCCCUUCGGGGGCUCGGGCAUCUGUGCACCCUUGCGCCCCAGUGCCCGUGCGCCCUCGAGCCGCGCCAGCCUCCCUCCCUCCUUUCCCGGGCGCAUUGUCUUGUCUUUUACACUGCUGCAAUUUCAGCCUCCUUUCUCCGGAGGGGAAGAGGCGCCUCGCCGGUUCCAACCUCUGGCGCAUCUGGACUCGCCUUCUGUGCCGCUCUGAGCUGCGCAGAAUUUGCCCGGCCCGGCUUCUUGCCUUUCCCUUUUUUCUUCUCCCUUCUCCCCCUUCUUCCUCACUCCACCCCCAGCCACGAUGAUGGAGCAGCAGCCGCCUCUCUGGGAUGCCCCCUCAGAGUCAGACCGCAGCCCAGGACGCCGGGAGCGGCUUGGGGCCCCGAGGCCAACUCGGCUAGUCCCCGGACUGCUGCAGCCCACCGUACGGGGGCUCUUCGCCUCCCCGGACCCCGUGGCCUCUUCCUCCCCGGUCACCACACUCACGCGAACGAUGAACGACCUCACCGGACUGGGGAGUGAGACCCCCAAGAGAAAAAAACAAAACCUGGCCUUCCGGAGCAGACUAGUCUCGCUCUCCCGGGAAUCCCUGUCUUCCGAGGCCUCAGAUUCAUCAGAAUGUUCAGAUGCCGGUCUUUCCAUGGAUUCACCAAGCCCCAUGGACCCCCAGGCAAUGGACCAUGUAUUUCAGGAGGCAAUCCAAGAGGCUGGCCAAGUUCGAGAAGAGAGACUUCCCAUCAGACGUUUCCAGUCUUUGCCGAUGAGACUCUUAGGAUCCAGCCCAGCAUUAAGGAAUAUCACCAACUCCAGGGCCCUGAACAUGCCCCGGAAGAGCGUGGGUGACAUCCAGAUGGACAGCGGGGAAGACAAGGAGAAUGAAGGAUUUGUCUUCAAGAUGCCCUGCAGACCAGUGGGGCACAGCCGGUCCACUGCUGCUGAGUGGGCCAGCCGGAGGGAAGCUUUUGCCCAGAGGCCAAACUCGGCUCCUGAUCUGAUGUGUUUCUCUCCAGGAGAGAAGGAAGAGGACAUGCGUCUUCUGCCCCUAUGCUGUGUCUCCGUGAACCCUGCCUCUUCCAGUGGGGAGGACAUUAGUGAUGAUGGAGAUGAUGGAUUUAUGGACAUCCUCGAAGAUGACCUGAAGAAUGAGGAGGAGGUCCCACCAGGGAUGGAAAGCCUCAUCAGUGCUCCUUUGGUCAAGAAAGAAGAGGAGGAAAGUGAACAGUCUUUAGUCAUGCACAGCAAGUGCCGGAGACUCUUCCGCUCUCCCUCCAUGCCCAGCAGCUCCAUCAGACCCGUCCUCAAGCGGCUGGAGCGGCCCCGGGACAAGGACACGCCGGUCAAGACCAAGCGCAGGAAGAGCGUGACCAUCCCGACCGCCACCCUGGAGGAGAAGGACGAGGAGCCGAAACCUCGACUUCUCCGUUCCAAGUCUUUAUGUCAUGACGAAAUUGAGACCAUCUUGGACAAUGAUCCCAGAGAACUGAUUGGGGAUUACUCUAAGGCAUUUCUCCUGCAGACGAUAGAUGGCCGCCACCAAGACCUUAAGUACAUAUCGCCCGAGACGAUGGUAGCCGUAUUAACAGGGAAGUUUAGCAAUAUUGUGGAGAAAUGUGUCAUCCUGGACUGCAGAUAUCCCUAUGAGUUUGAGGGUGGUCACAUCAAGGGUGCAGUCAACCUCCCCUUGGAACAAGACGCAGAGGGUUUUCUGCUGGUGAAUCCCAUUCUCCCCAGCGAGGAUAAGAGGAUCAUCUUAAUUUUCCACUGUGAAUUCUCCUCUGAGCGAGGGCCUCGCAUGUGCCGCUUCAUCCGAGAGAGAGACAGAGCUGCCAAUGACUACCCAAAUCUGUACUAUCCUGAAAUGUACAUCCUCAAAGGAGGUUACAAGGACUUCUUCCCACAGUACCCGACGUUCUGUGAGCCCCAGGAUUACCGGCCCAUGAAUCACGAAGACUUCAAGGAAGACUUUAAAAGGUUUCGCCUGAAGAGCCGCACCUGGUCGGGAGAGCGGAGCAAACGAGAGAUGUAUAGCCGCCUGCAGGACUUCUGAGGCCCAGGGAGCCAGGCUGGCCCACUCUGCUCCCCCGUUCCCCUCUCGUCUCCUCGCCGCCGCCUCCUCCUCCCCACUCCCCAUCUCCCCAGCCACUGGGAGACCAGUCACCCUUGACUCUCCCAGGGACUGUCCGGAAGAGGCUCCCACCCCGCAUGGGGGCCUGCUUCCUGGACGUGGCUUUUCCUCCUGCCGAAUUCCAACUUUUCCUGGGGAAAAGCCCCCCUCUCUCCCUUCCUACCCAUUUAUUUAAUUAUUUGUUGGACUUGAAUGAAGGGGUCCAACCAAGGGCCGUGCCACCUUGGUGGUGGGUGGCAGCUGCCCACUGUGCCAGUCCCAGGGGCUUCAGACCCGCUCUGAUGUCUGGUGGCUUACUUUGUGUGUCUGGAUCGUGGAUGCUGGGACCAUCCCCGAUCUUAGAAGGUGCUCAGUUGGCCUCUCUACCCCUGCGAGAGGUUUUCUGCCAUGGAAUCCCCUUGGAUUUCAUUCCCAUCCUGCCCAGCUAACUCCCUUGCUCCUCCUACCCACGACAGGAUUCUGUGUGUUGUGUGUUUUUUGUAUCUUUGGCCCUGUGCCUGUUUUUUGUUGUUUUAGGGCUGAAAGACAAGAGAAGCCUGGUUUGACAUUAGUCAGGCCUCGUGGGGUCUCCUCCGGGGACAAAAAGGGAUUUCACGUGCUCAAAGGAACAGUUGGGGAUGGAGUUUAGAUCUUUUUUUUUUCUCCCCUAGGCGUUUAUUUUCUCUGAUUUGGAGUUUGUGCUAUCCUGAAUCCGAAACAGGUUGGUUAUGCAAAUUGUAUAAAAGAUUGUGCUUAGGUGUGUGGGAAGGCUGUCCCAUGUGAAUGAGGGAGAAAGCUCAGGGAUUCUCCCUCUUCUGACUGCUAAACAUUCAUUUAUUUUCUAAAAACAAAGCCUCUCAAAGGGAGUUUCACUACCCAUUCCCCCCACCCCAGCCACCUUUGAGCCGUUGCUGCUGUUUGACUAUGAAAUUGUCCAUCCCAGGGAGAAGGGCUGAGUGGACCAUCCUCGAGCCCAACAUACCUCCUUCUACCAUGCCCAGAAGGGGCAGUCUGCACACUCCUGUCUUUAAAAAAAAAAAAUUUAAAGGUAUAAGGGGGAUGGAAAAUGUCUUUUGUUUGUUUGUUUGUUGAAAAAGCACUUCAUAAACUUGCACAGUAUCAAGUUGUUUUCUUUUUCCACCCAUUUUGUGGUAGCCUGCUGGGCCUGCCACUGGGGAGAGAUUGGGGUUCAGGGUUUCUGAAUCCAGCUGGAAUGCGAUGUAGCAUUGUAGGCAAGGUGGGGGUAGCACUCAGGCCUGCCCUCUGCCUAAGGAGGAGACACAGAGGGGUGGGGUUUUUUUUUCCCCUUGAAUCAGACCCCAAGGACAAUUGGGUAGAGGUAUGAGAACUGGGCGCUGUGGGAGAGGGCAGACAAGAUUCAGGCAUCAUGGAAAACUUGUUUAAAGCCGCACAAUGUGCCCUGGGAGGGCUGUAGGAUAGAAUGAUGCACCUGGCUGCUCAGUGUGUGUUACUGUGAGCUCCCCAUCUGUUCCUGGGGUAUCUGUGUGUGCUGGAGGAGCCAGGACCAUUAGCUGUCCGCCGCCCUCCUGCUCAGGUGUGACCUCUCUCUGCUGGUGUGAAUAUCCACACCCAUGGCUCCCUCUCAUGAAAAGCACUUACUCUGUACCUGUCCCAGGAACCCUGCCCAGCCUGAGUCUGUGUGUGUGUGUCGUGUGUUUGUGUGACCUCAUCCAUGAGCGUGAAGUAGAUUCCCAUUUUAUUUAAGUGAGUAGGGCUGGGAGAGAGCCAUGUCCUAACCUGAGGACAGUUAUCACAUCUUUGCAGAAGGCUUCUCCAGCUCUGUGUCAGAAGUUCAAGGGGGUGAGGGCUCCCUGGCCUUCCACCUUCCUGCUUGUUAACCUCCUUUUGUUCAAUAAAGCCCUGGAAUUUAA